AACGUCGCUGCUCUUAUACUAAAUAUCUUCUCUGCUUUUGUCUUUUAAAAGGUAAAAAUUAAAAUCAUUUUGAGUUCUGAGGGUAACACAAAAAGAAGAAAAUGUCAGAAGACGCUGAGAAGUUGAUCUUCAUAUCGGCGUUGUUCCCUGGAUUCAGAUUCUCUCCCACCGACGUCGAACUCAUCUCUUACUACUUACGCCGUAAAAUCGGCGGCGACGAUAACUCUGUAGCCGUGAUCGCCGAGGUCGAGAUUUACAAGUUCGAGCCGUGGGAUUUGCCAGGGGAAUCGAAAUUAAAAUCUGAGAACGAGUGGUUUUACUUCUGCGCAAGGGGAAAGAAUGGGUCACAAAGCCGGAGAGUCACACAGCUUGGUUACUGGAAAUCUACUGGUCAAGUGCGAAGCGUGAAAUCGGGGAACCAAAUUGUUGGAACCAAGAGAAUGCUUGUUUUUCACACCGGUCGGGCUCAUCGAAACGAGAGAACAGAAUGGUUUAUGCAUGAAUAUUGCAUCCAUGGAGCAACACAGGACGCAUUAGUGGUGUGCCGGUUAAAGAAAAAUACCGAUUUUCGAGCUAGUUCGAGCCAAACACCAAUGGAUAAUGGUCAUGUGCAAGAUGAUGAAUACGUUGGCCAAACUGGUGGUUCGGAGAUGCAGAACAAUUCUUAUUCGGUUUAUGAACCUGAGCUUCAUAUACCAAAUGGUGACAUCGUAGAAUCAUCAAAUGUUGUUGAGGAUCAAGCCGACACCGAUGAUGAUUGCUACGCCGAGAUUAUGAACGAUGAUAUAAUAAACCUUGACGAGGAGGUAUUGAAAGCUAGCCUAGCAUUUCGACCAAAUUAUCAACAAACAAUAUCCAGCGAGGCCUCAUCGAGUAGGAAAAGGUUAGAAUGUGGUUCAAAUAAAAAACCAAAGCAAACAAUGGACGUUGCCGAAACCGCCUCCUUCGGUUGGAGAAUACCGAACCCGUUCCGAAUCAAGAAAAAUGAUAACCAGAGGUCGAUGACUGGCUAUCUAGCUACUACUGCUUUACUGGCUAUCUUAAUUUCUGUAUUUUUUACUAUCUUAACAACUAGGGGAGAUAGUUAGCUUUGUGUUAUGCAGUGUGACUUAUGUUUUUUCUUCUGACUCGCACUUGUUAGUAUUUGUACUACGACUCUACGAUACAUGAUUACAUCAAUAGAGUCAC